UUGUAUUAUAGAUAGACUCGAUAUUGAAAAGCUCAAAGCUGUAUAUUCUUCUCGAGAAGCAAACGUAUAUUAUGAAUGCGCACAAUAGAAUGAAACAUGAUGAAAAUGUGGUGCAAAAAUAGUGCGAAUACGCUUGCGCAACUUUGGGAUAAAUAAUUUUCUCAACGAAUAUUUUUUUCUUCUUUUCUUAUGAGAAAGAGACAUUUGCUCAAUUGCCUCUUUUAUCAAAUUGAUCGCAUAAUUCGAGUCUUUAUUCCGAGAAACAUUAUUGAGAAAAUGCAAAUAUUCUAAUCUAAGGGUUUUAUCUUAUGUCCUUAUAUUAUACGAAAUUAAGUAAUUUGUGCUAAAAUUUACACUAAAGAAGAGAAGUAAAUAAUAGUUGAUCAAUCAAUGGAGAAAGGAGGGGAUAAACAUAACUCUUGUUGAUUCUUUUCACCAGUCACAUUCUAGACCUUACAAAGAAAUGAUCAACAUCGAAAUUGAGUACUUUAGUCUGAACAGAAUUCUUCUACUUACUCUUGGCCUAUGGCCUUAUAAACAAUCGAAUUUUACUCGAUUUCAAUUUAUUUUAUUGUCUAGUAUUUUGACGACAUACGUUAUAUUUCAGUAUACAAUAUUUAUCUCACACAGAUGUACCCUGACUCUCAUCAUCAAAGUCUUACCUUCUGUAUUUGUCUUUACUCUCUUUGUGAUAAAUUACGACAUGUUCUACGUUAAUAUCAAAAUUAUGAAGAAUUUAUUGGAGCAACUGUUGCAUACAUGCAAUGAAUUAAGUGACGAAAAUGAAAUUGCUAUUAUAAACGAAUAUGGAUGUAAUGGCAAACAUUAUACCGUUGCACUUACAGUUCUUACUAUUUGCAGUACAUUUACUGUUAUUAUUGCGUCGUUUUGGUCGGAUAUUUUCAAUAUGAUUUCACCGACAAACGCAUCGAGAUCCCAUCAUUUGCUAAUCAUAACGGAAUAUUUUAUCGAUCAAGAGAAAUACUUUUACUUGAUACAAUUUCACUUCAUUGCAUCAUGGUGUAUCGGAAUAAUUGUAACAUUAGCGGUAGGAACAAUGCUCAUUACGUAUCUUCAAUAUACUUGUGGAAUGUUUAAAAUUGCCAGCUACCGCAUCGAACAUUCAAUAAACAUCAAUACGUUACAAAAUAUUAAUCAAAAAGAUAUUUUGAUACUUAAGGGUUUAAUUUGCGCUGUGGAUAUUCACCGACAAGCUAUGAGAUUAUCCAAACAUUUGCUAUCCAGUUUUGAGAUGAUGAUGUUCUGUUUAAUAGCACUUGGAGUAGCUUCGGUGAGCCUUAAUUUGUUUCGAAUUUUUCAGGUUUUAUCAUCUAAAGAGAAUAUAAAAGAAUUAGUAAUGCCUCUUCUUUAUGUAACUGCCGCUGUUUUAUAUAUGUUCCUAGCCAACUAUAUCGGUCAAACUAUUAUAAAUCACAAUCAUCACGUAUUUGUUACCGCGUAUAACGUUCGAUGGUAUAUAGCACCAUUGUACAUACAAAGAACAAUAUUGUUCCUGUUACAAAGAAAUACGAGAAACUUUACUUUAAACAUCGGUGGACUGUUUGUUGCGUCUAUAGAAGGUUUUGCUACGUUAGUGAAGACUUCAGUAUCUUAUUUUACAGUUAUAUAUUCUACACGAUGAGAUCAUAAUAAUUUAAAUUAAAUAAAUCCAAUCCAAGAGAGAGCAUGGAGAGUUGUAAUAGAGAAACAAUUUAUAUA